UUAAAACGCAGUGAAAAGAAACCGCCCAUCACACACCCCAGCACACUAGCCCUGGAAACUUAUAACCUCGGGAGGCAGGUCCCUCCCCACACUGUGGUCACAUACCUUCAGAAGAGCGGACCAGGCAGCCACCAGCUCCUCAGGGCACCUCCGUCGCUUAGGACCCUCAGAAUUCUCUUCGCUCUUGAAGCAUCAAGAAGCCAAGAUGCUGGUAUUACUAGCUGGUAUCUUUGUGGUCCACAUCGCCACUGUCAUCAUGUUGUUUGUCUCCACCAUUGCCAAUGUCUGGGUGGUUUCAGAUGAUACAAAAACAUCGGUAGGUCUUUGGAAAAACUGUACGGGUGGCAACUGUGAUGGAGCCCUGUCAUAUGCCAAUGAAGAUGCCCUCAAGGCCGUGCAGGCUUUCAUGAUCCUCUCCAUCAUCUUCUCCGUCAUCUCUCUCGUGGUCUUCGUGUUCCAGCUCUUCACCAUGGAGAAGGGAAACCGCUUCUUCCUCUCGGGGGCCACUAUGCUGGUGUGCUGGCUGUGCAUUAUGGUCGGGGUGUCCAUCUAUACUCAUCAUUAUGCCAGUGGUUACGGAAACCUCUACAUGAAGAGUCACCAUGGCUAUUCCUUCAUCCUGACCUGGAUCUGCUUCUGCUUUAGCUUCAUCAUUGGCAUUCUCUAUCUGGUCCUGAGAAAGAAAUAAGGCUGAACAAAUUCAUGGGGAUCCGGGGGGGUGGGGGUGGGGAGAAGGAAGCCGUUGAAUCUGGGAGGGAAGUGGAAGAUGCCAUGCAGGAAAAACCAAGACAGGGGCGGGGGGCGGGGAGGGGAAGUAAGGGUGGGAGAGGCUGAAACCCAAACCAUUCCUGAGGAGGUUCUCUAUGGUGGAGCCCCUGCCCUUAGGAGAAAGUAAUUGGCUAGUACUCUGCUGCUCCCUUGAUGCGGGCCCCAGGAGAGCCUCUCUCCAGCCACCACACUUGGCCUCCAACUGUCCUCAGUUACACACACUGGGGCCCCAUCAGCUGCCACACCACUGGCUCCACUCCUGAGGCUGAAUUCUGGGUCUCGCACUGCGGUCCUCAGACCUAUUGCAUCAAGUUAAAAUAGCGGUACAAGUUCCAGCAAGAGCAGAUCUUGUUCUGGGGUUGAAUAUGCUAAGCCUGGAAGCCAUUCCGCCUUUCUGACCCAAACCAAAACAUCACAUUCCAGUCUGAAGGACCCACAGGAGGGUUAUGGCCAGUGAGCCAUUAUCCCUCUUUAGAACAGAUAUUUAACUCUGUGGAACUCAGUGGUAUUUGUGACAAAAAUGGGAGAAAGAGAUACAGUCCUAAGGCCAAAUUGGUGGAUUGCUUAAACCAAGAAAGAGAACUUUUCACAGUGGAAGGCCUGGGGGAUGGUCAGAACUCAGACAAGACCUCACGUGGCUGUCCCUCAUGGAGACCUCUCGCUAUGGACUUUGCUAGGCCUCUUGCUUAAAGCCAAAGCAGCUCUUCUGGUGAUUCUGUAAAGCCACUAGUGACCAAUUCAGUGGUGAAAGUACCACGCAAGUUAUGGGACCAAGGGGCAGUUUUGUGACACUGCAACAGUAGGGUUAUGUUUUUAGGACCCCCUGUCCAUACAGUCAGUAUUUCUUUUAAGUACAUGAUGGGAGAGAGAUGGACACGGUUCCCUGUGACACGAUUUAUUACCCUCCCUCUCAAUGAUAACUUUUGAGGAUGUUUUGUCUAAUUAUACACAUUGGGGAUCAGGACUCCUAGGCUCAGCGGUGACUCUCGCUUUGACUCUGCCUGGAGUAGUCACCUUUCAGAGGCCCUGCCUAUCCCACUUCACAGGUGAUGCAGGGCCGUUCUGGAAGCUUAGUAAAACACACACGAACCAAAACCAAAUAGAUCCUUGGGUUAAAGGUGCUAUAUAAUUGUGAAGUAUUAAGCAUACUAGAUUUCGGUCGUGGUAAGAACACAGGGCCUGCAUUCCCAGGAGAGUUAGAAAAUUCCCAUGAGAUAAUUAAAAAUAUAGGUGAUGGGCAGAUAAUUUCUUUAAGAAAAAAAAAAAAAGCAAAAACUCUUGUGGUACCCAAUCAGAUAGUAACUGGCUGUCUGUUGCCAUAGGAGCAUUUCUAUAUAGGACUUAGUUGCAGUAUGUUAUUCCUGGUUAAGCAGGCAUUGCUCUGGCCUGGAGGAGCUGUUUCAAGCCAUCUCAGAUUCUGUCUAAAGGGGUUGUUAUAGGAAGACGUUUCCUCUAUUGCCUGAGAAGAUCUAGCCCAGGGAGAAUCUGAGACAUCUUGCCUACUUUCCUUCUCCCAGCUCUCUCCUUAUCCCGUUUCUCACAUGAUUUUCCUCUUUGGGGAGUUGUUAUGCCAUGACUAGUGGUAUUUAUGUAAAAGGACCAUGACUAAGUAUAUUUCUCUGUGUUCAUUCUGGUUAAGGGAGUAUUGAGGUCAGGCCACCAGAUUAUCGUGGCUGGGGGUAGAGAGACGGCAAGCCAAAACUGCGGGACGAUGACCUUUUUAAUUGUGACUUAAUCAUCACAAGAUUAUAGAAGGCUGUCUUAUGUGCAGAAACACACUUACAUAUCAGAUAUACCCAAAAGGGAUACUUGCAUUAGGUUGGAAAGUCGAACUAUGACUGGAGUGAACCAUGUAUUGCCUUGUCUUUUACUUUAUUUCUGUGACAUUUACGUCUCAUGUAAUUUGCAUUACUUUGGUGGGUUGUUCUAGUACUGUAUUUGGCUUCUUCUUCAAUAGAUUGAUAUUUCAUAUACUAUAAUUGUAAAUAUUUUGAUACAAAUGUUUAUAACUCUAGGGAUAUAAAAAUAGAUUCUGAUUCCCUUCA